UGUCUGAAUACGAAGUUCCUCUCUUCACAAAAAGGAAAAUGAAAGGACUGAUGUUGUUAGUCUUGUCGGUCUGCGUGGCCUGCGCAUUCGCUGAUACCAAUCCCCUUAAACCACAAUGUCCAGAAGAAAUUGUCGACGAUAAGGUUCCAAUGGUUGUACAUCCAUGCAACUGCAGCUCUUAUUACGUCUGUCUCACCGAUCCACCAAUCCCCAUGACAUGCCCUGAUGGCCUUCAAUUCGACCAAGUCAAGCAGAUCUGCGACUUCAAAUGGCGCGUCAAGUGCAGACCACACCCUCAAUGCCCAAAAAGGAGUGCACUCAACAACGAAGUUGAAACUUUGUAA